GAUCAUAUCUUCGAUGAGACGGCAACCAAUGAGCUAGUGUAUCAGGAGCUGGCGUCUGAUAUUGUAAAAAAAGCCAUGGAGGGUUACAAUGGUAAGUACUUUGUAAUUGUGGUUUAACUUUGGUUAUAAAUUAUAAAUAUAUGAAAAAAAAUUUACCCUUACAAGGCUUAGGAAUGUUUUGUGAUUUUUAAUUUUGAUAGAUUCCAUGAUUAUUUAUUUAUAGGAACAGUUUUCUGCUAUGGGCAAUCAGGGUCAGGUAAAACCUUCACUACGGAUGAGCUGCGCCGUCUUGCCCUCCAAGAAGUAUUGGAGUAUAUAGAAAACGUGAGUUAAGACUUAAAUUAUUUUAUAGCUGUUGGCAGUUGAUACCUAACUAACUUAUUUUGCAAUGACACCAAACUACUUAUUAUGAAUGCAUGGGCGUUCCAAAAGCAAGAUUAAUAUGGAUGCUAAUUGUGUCAUUAAUCCAGAUAAUUUGUAACACAUUGUUAUUGAUCACCUGUAUUCAUUUUUUAUUCAUAAUCUGUAAAACAAUAUAUCUGUUUACACUGGUGCUUUUCUAGCAGAAAGUCAAGUCAAUUAUUCUAUAUCAGCAUUACCUAAAUACUCUUGAUUAGUUGCAUUUUAAAGCAAUGGUAUUUUUUAAUAAAUGCUACAAUACACUCAAAUAGCUCAGCUUCCCCCCCCCCCCCCACCCCCCCCAACCCCUCUAUCAACCGAGCAAUGCCAUUUUGAUGAUUGUAAUUAUCAAAUUAGAAAUAUUCUCCAGAUAUUUUCUUCUUCUCAAACGUAUACAAAGGAGAAAUGUUUCAUGGGUUGCAUUGUCUAAUCUUAUAGUUCUUAAACACAUGAAAUUGUCAUUGUUUGAUUUUUUUUUAUUUUCGUUGACUUUCAUGAAAAAAUACUAUGCUCUUUUAAUUAAUGUUAAGACAAUUUGAUAAUAUCUGGCAUUUCCACAAGUCUAUGCUUCACUGUGUUAUUUGAUGGCACCAACACAUUUACUUGGCUCCUGUCAAUAGAUAUUUGAGAUUCUAACAUUUUCAUUUGCUGGAUCAAUUAAUUCCUGGGCAUUUUUAUUUUAUGAGGAUAACCAGUCUGCAAUUGUUUAUAUUUGAUAAAGAGCUAUUACAAGGUUUCAGAUACCUUGAGAAAAUUUUAAAGAUAUAAUCCUUUAGGUAGCUUUAAUUUGUUUUCAUUUUUUAAGCAAUCAUUUGGCUUAUUUAUAGAUGUUUUAUUACCCUACUUGCCAAAUUUUCAAAUGAAACAUCUGUUGGCUAAAAAGACAACUAUGCUCUCUCAUAAAACUUAAGGUUAAACUGAACGAAUGCAGUUGGGUAUAACAGAACCCAUACAUAAAACCUAAUUUUUGCGUUGCAUUUAUUUGGGAAAUGUUGCUUAUAGUUUAUGCCUAUGGGGAAAUAUCUUUAAGUUGAUGAGUGUCCAUGACUUGUGGAAGUCAAAUUUUAGCAAUUUUGUAUCACCCAAGCUGUUUUGUUUAUAUCUUCCUUGUUUGUUUUCAUUGGAUAGCUUAAAAGCUUAAUCUGUAAUGCAGGUCCUGCUGUGCUGUCCUAAAUCAAUACUCCUUGGUUUGAAUUUGUUUUUGUUAAUGAAUGUAAGAUUAAGAACAUGUCUUCUUUUGUAUCUAAAAUUUCAUAUAAUGGUAACCUGUUCAUAUUAUUAAUCCUAAAUUUAGUGCCCACAAAGGGAAUUUCUUUUGAGGGUCAGUUAUUUUGAGAUCUAUAAUGAGAAGGUCACAGACCUGUUGCAAGAUAACAAGGAGCUGACUCUAAGGGAAGAUGUGGUAAGUGCUUUAUGUUUUUUUUUAAAAUCAAACAGUUAGUAGAAUUUUCUUUUCUAAAUCAGCUGAAAACAACAACUAUUUGUUCUAUUUCAAGAUUUGACUAAGCUCCUUAGUUUAGGGAGUCAAUACCCUUAAAAUUAUAUCUUUAUUAAUUAAUAUUUUAUUGUGAUGAUUAAAGGUGCUGAUUGCUGCACUAUGAUAAAAAUUUCAGCCAAUUCAAUACUUUUUUUUUUUCCUUACUAAACUAAAUAUGAAAAAAAUAAAAUUCUGUGGUUACUUCGAAAACAUUUUAACAAUAUCGAUAAAUACAAAGACAAUAUCUGGUCAAAAUUUAAAGGUAUAUACAAAAAAAAUAUUAAACUGAGUUCAAUGCCUGCCUUGCCAACGGGUGGCUAUUUAAGAUUGUUCAGUUGUCCUAAGGUACUACAGUUAAAUACCAUCUCACUCCUUACUGAGUUGGAUUGCAAAUGCCCUGUAACCGAGGCCUUAUCAUUGAUAAGUACAGUAAUAUGAUGGCUAUUUGGAAGCUUGUUUUGAUGAUUAUAAUUUUUUCUCACAGGAUAAAAAUGUUCUACUCGAUGGAAUGCAUGAGGCAUUCGUUAAAACAUCCAAUCAGGUUUUAGAGCUUCUAAACCAGGGCAAUGGUAAUGAGAUGUUUUUGAUUUUUUAUAUCAAUGUCACCUUUGUCGCAAUAAUUAUUGUACUUGCAUUUUGAUACUGUACCCCUUUUUCCAUUAUACAAGGAUACAUAUAAAUCGGUUUUAAUGUGAAAUAAAUACAUUAUUUUUUUCAGAGCGCAGAAAAAUUUCUGAAACUAAAAUGAACGCUAGAUCGUCUCGUUCACAUUGUAUUUUCCGCAUUGUGAGUUUUUUUAUUUUGAAUUUAAAUUAUUUUUAAUUAUAUUAUUUUUGAGUAUAGCUAUUUUACCAUAUUUAAGUAUAGUAUAUUUCUUGGUUUGUCCCUGGUAUGGGGAAUAAUCUGGAUGAGCUGGCUUAAAGUUUUUAGCAAAACAUUUUUUAGUCAGACUUAAAAUUUUUGAAAUAUCUUUAUUGUUUGUUUUUGGUGCCUGCAAAUUGUCAUGUUUGAUACCGGUAGCGAAAUAAUUUCCUUAUAAUGUUUCCUUUUUUAAUAUUUUAAGGUUGUUGAAAGUCGCAUGCGUGGAAGCGAAGAAAACAUUGACAUUUCUGGUGUUCUGGUUGCAAACCUGGUGAGUGAUAACUUUCUUUAUGUUUUUGGGGCUGCGAGUUGCAAUGUCACUUUUUUCUAAACAUCUGUUUAAUGAAACAGAAUGAAUAAAACAGGGGUUGGCAAACUACUGCCCACUACUUCUUUUUAUCCAGCCUGCACAGUAUGAAUGGAACAAGGAAAUUUGAUAAAAGAAUGAAUGUAAUCUGACCAGCACAAAAAGGACUACAAUUGCUUGCUUUAUGUAAUAUUUAGACAUGAAAACAAAAGUUCGUCUAACAUGUUUUAAAAACUUUGCUCUUAUGGAAUAUAGAUAAGUGAGAAAUUCUAUCACAGGCCACCCAAAUUUUGCAAAAUACAUCCGCACUCCCAGUGCCGGAUAUAUUUAAUUGGCCCUCUUUUAAAAAAAAAAAGUUUAAAAGUUUAGGGACUGUAAAUGAAUGGCUUGAAAAGUUUGUUUUAAAAAAAUAAGUUUAUGUCAGUAAUGAGACAUUCUCUUUAAUUCUGUUAUGAAGCUAAUGUGUUAGCCUGUUGUCUGGCAAAAAUUUUUUUAUUGGAACUAAUUUAUGAGAGUAUACAUAUAUUAUUUAUUUUUUUCCUUUUCAGUAUCUUGUGGAUUUAGCGGGCAGCGAGAAGGCGUCCGCUAACACAGGGGAUAGGUUUCGUGAGGGAGUCCUUAUAAAUAAAUCAUUGUUGACAUUGUCUCUUGUCAUUAGACAGUUAGCUGAAGACUCAAAGUAAGUAUCUAAGAGUUAUUAUAAAUAUAGGAGCAGUCUAACUUGUUCAAACUACUCUAAUACUAAUUGCAUUACCAGAAAAAAAAUUAUCUUAAUUGAUUUUUAACGUUCUUUUAUUGCGUAUCUAGUUUUUAUUUUUUUAUGUGAUAUGAUCUUUUAAGUAGUCUAGUAAGUUAUUCUAUAAAUUAAUUUGUUUUAAUUCAUUACUAAGAGUAAGACAAUUUAUGCUCAAAAUUUUUAGAUUAUCAAGACACAGACAAACUGUGUCAAUAAAACGGUAUAGUUACAACCUUUAAUUAAAAGACAAAAUAAACCUGUGGUUGUGAGAUGACAGUUCUGGGGUAGCCAGGAGCAGUGAUUUAAUAGCAAAGUAGCCAUUGACUUUAAAGUCAUGACAUCAAUUUUUACAUAUUUUUUAUAAAGUUUCAACAUAUUUUUUCAGUUAAUGUAAUAGGUCACAAGUUAAUUUUCCAAGAUCUAAAAUUCUCAUAGUAAUUUUAAUUAACAAAUCAGAGAUGUCUGUUUUUUUUGUGUUUUUUUUUUUCAAUUUUAAAAAGAAAUAUUUUUCUUUGGUAAAAUAAUUUUUAAGGGAGCGAGGCUUGUAAACAGAAGAUUGGUAGGGGUGCUGACAACAUAAUUGUUUGAAAAACACUGCUUAUAUGCUUCAGAUAGAAGGUAUACUCUACUCCCCCCCCCCCCCCCCCCUUUUUUCUUUUUCCAAUCAGUCAACAUAUCAGCUAUAGGGACUCGAAACUCACCAGAAUUCUUCAAAAUGCCCUAGGCGGUAACUCUAAAACAGCAAUAUUAUGUACCGUGUCACCAGGGAAUGUUGAGGAAACCCAGUCAACCCUAAGGGUAACUGCUUAGGCUUGCUCACUUUUUUUUUUUUUUUAUCAGCAUUCAAUUUCUUCGUAAAAAGACUGCAAAAUUUUUAAAUAUGUAAUAAUUUGAGCUAAUACUAAGUUUUAAAUUAUGUGCUAAGAGAUGUUUAAUAGAAAUUUAACAUCCCGUGGCUCGUAUUUGAAGGGGAAUUUGUUCUUGACUCUGAUUGCAGUUCGGCCAGAGCGCUAAAAGGGUGCUGAAUAAACCGCUCCUGAAUGAAGUUGUUACAGAUAAAGCUUUACUCAAGAGGCACCAAAAAGAAAUUGAGACAUUGAAG